GUAUGAUUGGUAUAAAUUAAAAAUCGAUAGUGUUUCAUGCUAAGUGUUAAAUUGACAAUGCGCGCGGUCUCCAAGUGCAUCGUGCUCCUGUGUGCUGCGGUUGCAGCUACAUCGGGAUUCAACCUCGGCCCACAAGAUGUAGUCUUGCAUCUUUUCAACAGGGCCAACGUGGGCACCCAGAGUCAGCCGUUCUUCCCGACCAUGGCCUCCAUCCUGGACACGGACUUCGACCCGGCCGCGCGCACCGUCAUCACCAUCCACGAUGCCAAGGACGGAGUCGCCGGGAACUUCAACGCUUUUGUCGUCAACGCUGAACUAGCGGUGGCGGACGUGAACGUGGUGGCCAUCGACUGGAGCCGCGGCGCUGCCUCCUACACAGAAGGAGUCGCAUACGCCACGCAAGUGGGUGAGGUGGUGGCUUCCUUCAUCAACCUGCUGGAGAGCAACUUGGGCUACGGGGCGGAGAACAUCCGCAUUGUCGGCUUCGGCCUCGGCGGACACAUCGCCGGCAUCGCCGCCAGGCAGGCCAGGGCUACCAUCCCGCACAUCAUUGCUCUGGACCCCUCCCUGGUCGGCUGGACCCACCACCCCAACAAGCUGAGCGCCGACGCAGCAGGCGUGGUGGAGGUCCUCCACACCACCGCCGGGAUCCUCGGCUACGACCAGCCGCUCGGAGACCUGGACUUUUACCCCAGCGGAGGCUCCUUCCAGGUCCCCUGCGCGUCUGACAGCAACUGCUCCCAUCUCUAUGCUUACAUCUUCUAUGAUGAGUCGUUGAGGAGCGAGAUCGCUGGAGGCGCCAAGUUUGUGGGAACUAAGUGUGCGUCCUAUGAGGAAGCCAUUGAGUUCAUGUGCACUGGGGAGAAGGACGCCGUGUUUGGUGGCAGCGAGGUCAAGACAGAGGCAUCCGGUAUCUACAUCUUCAGCACCAACAGCCAGGCUCCCUUCGCCAGGGGAUAAGGCUGCGGUAUACGUGCAACAGUCAAUGUUUUAUAUUUCAUCAAUUAAAUCUAAAACCUAACUAUC